CAGUGAAGAUAUUGUGAAGGAAAAAUAUUUUAGACUCGUCCCGCGCCCUCUCCCUGGAUAUUCCUUGGCUCUUUUAAGCGCGCUUACAAAAAGCCACAGAGAUGGAUGUGGCGGCUGAUCAGCCCCGCUGGAUGCAUCACCAUGCCGUGCUGAAUGGACAACACCCGGACUCUCACCACCCCGGUCUGGGGCACAACUACAUGGAGCCCACGGCGCAGCUCCUGCCUCCGGAUGAAGUGGAUGUUUUCUUUAAUCACCUGGACUCACAAGGAAACCCGUACUACCACAACUCUGCCAGGGCCAGAGUGUCCUACAGCCAAGCGCACGCUCGUCUGACCGGGACUCAGGUCUGCCGGCCUCAUCUUAUUCACAGCCCGGGGAUUUCAUGGCUCGACGGGGGGAAAGCAGCCCUGUCGGCUCAUCACCACAACGCCUGGGCCGUCAGCCCCUUCAGCAAACCCAGCCUGCACCACCCAGGCUCCGCGUCCCCCGGCGGCCUCUCUGCCGUAUACCCGUGCAGCAGCAACUCAAACACGGUCUCCGCGUCUUCGUUAACGCCGCCGUCCCACUCCAGCCCCCAUCUUUACACUUUCCCCCCUACACCACCAAAGGACGUAUCGCCGGACCCCGGGGCCGCGUCUCCCUCCGCCACUAGAAUGGACGAGAAGGAAUCUAUCAAAUACCAAGUGUCAUUAGCGGAGGGGAUGAAGAUGGAGGGCUGCAGCCCGCUGAGGAGCAGCCUGGCCUCCAUGAGCGCUCAGACCCCCUCGACGCACCAUCCCAUUCCGACGUACCCCACCUACUCCCUCCCGGCUGCACACGAGUACGGCAGCAGUUUGUUUCACCCAGGCAGCCUGCUGGGAGCAUCAUCCUGCUUCACCCCCAAGAACAAAGGCAAGACACGGUCCUGUACCGAGGGUCGCGAGUGUGUAAACUGUGGAGCCACCUCUACACCUCUGUGGAGACGUGACAGCACCGGACACUACCUGUGCAACGCCUGCGGGCUGUACCACAAGAUGAAUGGCCAGAACAGGCCGCUCAUCAAACCCAAACGCAGGCUGUCUGCUGCCAGACGAGCAGGCACCUGUUGUGCUAACUGUCAGACUACCACCACCACGCUCUGGCGGCGCAACGCAAAUGGAGAUCCGGUGUGCAAUGCCUGUGGCCUCUACUAUAAACUGCAUAACGUGAACCGACCUAUGACCAUGAAAAAGGAGGGAAUACAGACACGCAACCGAAAAAUGUCCAACAAAUCGAAAAAGAGCAAGCGGUGCAACGAUAGCUACGAGGAGUUUUCCAAAAGCCUGAACGACAAGAGCUCGCCCUUCAGCGCAGCCUCUCUGGCCGGACACAUGUCCAUGGGCCACUUGCCACCUUUCAGCCAUGCCGGACACAUGCUUCCCACGCCCACCCCAAUACACCCUUCUUUUGGUCACCCACACCACUCUAACAUGGUGACGGCCAUGGGAUGAGAGGGUGAGGAGAGGGGUUAACAUAUAAGAACACUGGGGAACUUGGGAUGGUUGUGUGCACGGGGAUGAGGGUCUCACUAGAGGACUGUGUGUACAAUGUUACAGACAUGCAUUUUGUGUGUCUUUGUCUUUGAUUGUCUCUUGAUUGAUUAUGCCAACGGUAUGUUGGAGGAGCAAUGUAUCGUGGGAGGAAAGGACCUUUUUACUCCUUAUCUAUAGGUACAUAUUUUGAUGGUGGAAGACAGAGAGAGAUAUUCUGCUUCCUGAUGGCCAGGCACACAUGUAAACACAAAAAUGUCAUUGCACCUCAUAAUUUUAUCCCCACUGACGGCCUGAUGGACUGCAGUGUGGUUCAGUACGUUCCGAACAGGUUCAUAGUAACUGUGAAUAUUGUAAAUGUGUGAGACCGUAAGGGACGUCCCAGACAGAGCUAUCCCCUUCACAACAUUAAAUGAAAAUAUGCUGGAUUUUUUUUUGCUUAUGGACAAUUUUAAAGGAAUUUUCACAAAAGAAACAAGCAAACAAAAAAAAGUUUAU